AGCCACAGAGGUAUCCUGGGGAAAGGGGGAGUUGCCCCGCCCUUUGACCCCCGGGAUGCUGAUUAAUGAGGCGGCCCAUAGGCGGCUGGGCGGAGCCGCGCCCCUCCGACGGUCCUAGGCACACGCUCCAGAGCGCGGCUCCCCGGGCGGCCAUGGAGCGUCUGGUGAGAGUGAAAACUUGGGUGGAGGAGAACCGGGCCUCCUUCCUGCCCCCGGUCUGCAACAAGCUCCUGCACCAGAAACAGCUCAAAAUCAUGUUCGUCGGGGGCCCCAACACGAGGAAGGACUACCACAUCGAGGAGGGUGAGGAGGUGUUUUACCAGUUGGAGGGUGACAUGGUUCUCCGAGUCCUGGAGCGAGGGAAGCACCGGGAUGUGAUCAUUCGGCAGGGAGAGAUAUUCCUCUUGCCUGCCAGGGUCCCCCACUCUCCACAGAGGUUUGCCAACACCGUGGGGCUGGUGAUUGAGCGGAAGCGGCUGAAAACGGAGUUAGAUGGGCUCAGGUACUACGUGGGGGACACCACAGACGUCCUGUUUGAGAAGUGGUUCUACUGCGAGGACCUUGGCACACAGUUGGCUCCCAUCAUCCAGGAGUUCUUCAGCUCUGAGCAGCACAGAACGGGAAAGCCAAACCCCGACCAGCUGCUCAAGGAACCGCCGUUCUCGCUGAGCACACGAUCCGUCAUGGAGCCCAUGUCCCUGGAGGCCUGGCUGGAUGGCCACCACAGGGAGCUGCAGGCUGGCACACCCCUCAGCCUGUUUGGGGACACCUAUGAGACCCAGGUGAUCGUCCACGGACAAGGCAGCAGCAAAGACCUGAGACAGGACGUGGACGUGUGGCUGUGGCAGCUGGAGGGCUCCUCUGUGGUGACAAUAAGGGGACAACACCUGAGCCUGACCCCCGAUGAUAGCCUCCUGGUGCCAGCCGGGACUGUGUAUGCCUGGGAACGAGGGCAAGGCUCUGCAGCCCUGGCCGUGACCCAGGACCCUGCCUGCAAGAAACCCCUGGGGUGACCCUCUUUCUGUGGGCCCAACGCAGCCACAGGGUGUGCCCAAGGACCACCCUUGCCAAAUAAGUCUCCCAACCCCACUGCUUCUACCUGUACUGCUGCUGAGCGACUCAGCAUCCUACACGCUGGGCCCUGGACAUCAUUGUCACCCAUUCUCCUCCUGUUCCUCUGAGUUGACAGGUUCCUGGGGGGCUGGUUGCUCCCCUCCCCCUCUAACAGCCUUCUUCCCUGAACGGUUCUGCCUGGUGGUCUGCCCCCUGAGGCUGGGCUGCCUCUCCAUCCCUCUUUUGCCAGCACGGCACUUGCCUGCCACCAAAAAUUCCCUCAAUAAAGGCUUCCUGGUGGAUGAA